CAACUCCAGAAAUUGACAGAUUCUAUGGAAAUUUUGUUUAUUUACGUACUUUUUGUUCUGUGGAAAAUUUCAUUUGUAAUUUAUGGAAUAUUCAUUUGAUUAGAAUUAAAAUUAUUUUAAACUAUUUUUAAAAAAUGAGUUUCUCAGUAAGAGAUAUAUGUGAAGAUACCAAAAUGGCCAGAGAAUAUGCUCUUCUAGGAAAUUAUGAAACAGCUUUAGUUUAUUAUCAGGGAGCAGUGCAACAAAUUCACCGACUAUUAGUUACUAUCACAGAUUCAAUUCGAAAAGAAAGGUGGCAGCAGAUUCAGCAGAAGAUUGCCCAAGAAUAUGAAGCAGUCAAAGCUAUGCAGAAUGUACUCACUGAGUUCAAUACUGAGUUGAGUAUUGACAGAGCUAUAUCAGGAAGGCAAUCCUAUGGCAUUACCAACAUUCCAAUUGAUAUUGCUUUACCAGAUGAUAUAUGGCCUCCACCUGCACCUAGAGAUCCUGAUGUAUGGCCUCCACCAACCCCAGUGGAGCAUAAACAUGGACCACCUGUACGACCAAUACGAGCUGUAAAAAGAAAUGAACCUACCAAAACUACAAGUCGAAGUGGAGCAAGUGGCAACACUCGUUCAAAUAAUGAAAGGACUAAGAAAAGUGGCAGUGACUCAAGAUCUAAGAAAGAGGAAAAAGGGCGGAAAGAUAGUAAAAAAGAAGACAGUAAAGAGGAAAAAGAAGAAGAGAAGAAAUUUGAUGGUUCUGGUUAUGAUAGAGAACUUGUGGAUAUGUUGGAACGAGAUAUCCUUCAGAAAAAUCCUAGUGUUCGCUGGGAUGAUAUUGCUGAUCUUGAAGAAGCUAAGAAAUUGUUGGAGGAAGCAGUAGUCUUACCCAUGUGGAUGCCAGACUUUUUCAAAGGAAUAAGACGACCUUGGAAAGGCGUUUUGAUGGUUGGUCCACCUGGCACAGGAAAAACUAUGUUAGCAAAAGCAGUUGCAACAGAAUGCAAAACAACUUUUUUCAAUGUAUCCUCAUCUACUCUCACUUCUAAGUACAGAGGAGAAUCAGAAAAGCUAGUUCGUCUCCUUUUUGAAAUGGCUAGAUUUUAUGCUCCCAGCACAAUAUUUAUUGAUGAAAUAGAUUCUCUUUGCUCUCGGAGAGGAUCUGAUUCUGAACAUGAAGCUAGCAGAAGAGUAAAAUCUGAACUGCUAAUUCAAAUGGAAGGUAUAACAAGUACAGAAGACCCAAGUAAAGUUGUCAUGGUCUUAGCUGCAACUAAUUUUCCUUGGGACAUAGAUGAAGCUCUCCGAAGAAGGUUGGAAAAACGAAUUUACAUACCUCUACCAAAUGCUUUUGGCCGCGAAGCACUCUUGAAGAUCAAUUUAAGAGAAGUUGAAGUUUCUCCUGACUUGGAUUUAGAAGAAAUUGCCAAUAGUUUAGAUGGUUAUUCUGGUGCUGAUAUAACAAAUGUUUGCAGAGAUGCUUCCAUGAUGGCUAUGCGAAGAAAAAUUGCAGGACUGACUCCUGAAGAAAUCAGAAAUUUACCAAAAGAAGAGCUAGAACUUCCUGUAAGUCCAGAGGACUUUAGAGAAGCUAUUAAGAAAAUCAAUAAAUCUGUCAGCAAGGAGGAUUUGGAAAAAUAUGAUAAAUGGAUGGCUGAAUUUGGUUCGACAUAAAGUCAGCAUUGAUUCCUGAAUUACAUAAGCUGAAUUAUAAAUUCCAUCCAUUUUAAAGACUAAUGUGUAGAGAGGAAUUGUACUUGUAGAAGUUUACACAAUUAGAAAUAUAAAUUCUUCACAUUUUUUAUAUGCAAAAUUUUGUUCAAAAACAUUUAUUUCUCUGUUGCAUAUUAUUGUUUUACAAGCAGGAAUCAACAUGCAUAUAGAAAGUAUUUACUAGAGAGGGAAUUCUCAUGGCAAUAAUGUCAAUCAUUAAAUUUUCAGUAUUUAGUUAAAAUGCUAAAUGUAUGCAAUCAUAUACCUAUUAGUGUUAAAUCACUUAAAAAAAAAAACUUGUAACUUUUUAAGUACUGAUAAUUAAUAACUGAAUAAUGCACUACAGUUUAGUUAAAUAAUAGAAAUUUACAAUGAACUCUAUUUUUAGAGAUUAUAUUUAUUAAAUAUAGAUAUGAAAAAGUAAAAAGGAUGUUAAAGUACUGAACCGAGGAAAUGAUCUUAAAAGAAAUUCUUCUCUGGAUAUUUUCAGUCUUAAUUAAUAGUAGAAUUCAAAACAUUUGAAAACUAAUAUUAUUAAAUAAAUAUAUAUAUUUGUUUAUUUUUAGAAAUAAUGUAUACAUAGGUGUAAACUAAAAAAAAAUAAUAUUUUUGUAUUUAUUUAAAUAACGUUUUGCUUAUUGAUGUUUUGUUUUCUUCAAAGUAUUUAGUAUAUUGACUAUUCAUGGGAACAAGCUGCUGUAAAUAAAUUAUUUUUGUACUAUUUAAUUGCUACAGGCUGUUGAGCUUUUAACAAAAUUUGUUUUUAAUUCAAUGCAUUAAGGGAAUAUAGCAUGUAUGAGCUUCUUAACUGUGAUCAAUAAAAUAUGAAGGUUUUAUUUAUUAU